CCACCUCCUCUUCGCUUUGUUUGCUUGUGGAGUGCUUGCUUGGCAUUAUAUACAAAACAGCUCUCUUCUGUUCACCUCCCUCCCCCCACCUCUCUUCGUCUUCGCUUCUAUUCCUCCCUCCUGCUUCACUGGCUUCGGCUUUUGAAGCUGCCACAACCAUGAAGAGGCUAGUGGCUGUGACUAUGCUUCUCCUGGCAUUAAGCCCUGCUCCAGAGAGUAAUGGGGAGGAUAUUAAUGGUGGACCCUGUGAGCACAGAGUAUUGGAUGCGAGGCCUCACAGUGUCUCAAUUUUAGAAUUUGGGGCAGUAGGAGAUGGGAAAACACUCAACACAGUUGCCUUCCAAAAUGCAAUAUUCUAUCUCAAGUCCUUUGCUGAUAAAGGUGGCGCUCAGCUCUAUGUUCCGUCAGGCACAUGGCUUACCGGAAGCUUCAAUCUUACCAGCCACCUCACUCUCUUCCUUGCCAGCGGCGCCACCAUUGUUGGAUCCCAGGAUAUCGAGCACUGGAGUGUAGUGGAUCCCCUCCCUUCUUAUGGCGGAGGAAAGAGAUAUCGCAGCUUAAUCUACGGGCAGAAUUUAACUGACGUCGUGAUUACAGGUGAUAAUGGAACUAUUGAUGGCCAGGGUGCUUUCUGGUGGAACAUGUUCAAUUCUCAUUCCUUAAAUUACAGCCGACCACAUCUCGUGGAAUUCAUAGGCUCUGAUGACAUCGUAAUCUCAAAUUUAACUCUUUUAAAUCCUCCAGCCUGGGACAUCCAUCCAGUAUAUUGCUGCAACGUUCGGAUUCACAACAUCACCGCUCGUGCUCCAAUUGAUUCCCCUUACACCAGCGGUAUAGUUCCAGAUUCUUCAGAAUACAUUUGCAUUGAGAACAGCAAUAUUAGCAGUGGUCAUGAUGCGAUUGUGCUGAAGAGUGGUUGGGAUGAGUAUGGAAUCCCGUAUGGCAAAGCAACCUCGAUCGUGCACAUCAGGAGUGUUAGGCUACAGUCUUCUUCAGGAGCUGGCCUGGCCUUUGGAAGUGAGAUGUCUGGAGGCAUUUCCAACAUAAUCGCUGAGCACCUCCUCGUACUCAAUUCCCAUGUCGGCAUCCAAGUGAAGACAACAAUGGGCAGAGGUGGCUAUGUCAGAGACAUUUUCGUAUCAGACGCAGAACUGGAUAACAUUUAUUUGGGUUUCAGCAUUGAUGCAUGCUAUGGUUCCCAUCCAGAUGAGGGCUACGAUCGGAGCGCGCUUCCAGUUGUUGGUGGCAUUACUUAUAAUGACGUGAUUGGUGCAAAUAUAACUAUUGCCGGCAAUUUCUCAGGAUUAGUAGAUUUGCCAUUCGCGUCAAUAUGUCUUUCAAAUGUGUCUUUUUCAAUCAGUUCCGUUUCAUCUCCUCCAUGGUUUUGCUCUAAUGUGAAAGGUUUCUCUGAAGAGGUACUUCCUGAGCCUUGUCCUGCUCUCCAGAGCUCCUCCUCUUCUUGCUUUGCUCCCACAUGUUCAACGCAUGUCUCAAGCUUAUGAGGUAACUGCUGCGGCAAAAAAUCAGUGAUUCGUUUCAUUCAAUCUGUACAUGAGACACAUAUUUCAUAUUCUGCUUCUUCAACACAAUUUUCCAAUAAAAGAAAAUUCUUAUUUAAA